AUAAAGGCGAACAGCCCUCUUAGGGCCUAUUAGUUUGAGGGCUGCUCGCCUUUUGAGGAAGUGGGAUAGCGGGGGUUAUUUCGGUAAACCGAUGCAUGAGCUGAGGCUCCCAUGUCCCGCCGACCCUCCGAAAAAGUCAGGUCGUAAAACGGCUCAUAGGGAGUCAGAAGCAAGCAGAGUCAAAGGCGGGUCAAACUCUAAUAAGCAGAGGGGGAGACACAUUCAUGAAAAGUGAGAAGCCGUGCCGUGGGGGACUGACUUUAUAUGAAUAGAUCGUCACUUACGGGUAACAGUAGGAACAUCUAUUAGUCCGUAUCGUGGGUCUACUUGUUACAAAAGGCGAACAUCCCCAUUCCAAAACAUUCACAUAGGUCCUCCGGCGGCAUCGAAAAGGGGACGAAAAGAGUCUAUUUACCUUGACAAUAUUCCGGAAUGUAUCACGGCCCUAUCUAUUCAUCUUUUUCUUCAAAAAAAGAGUUCCGCAUCUCUCCGGGGCCCGGGGAACAAAUAGGCGUGGGGAAGAGGGAGAGGGGGGCUACGAGCCCUCUCCCGUUGCUGUUCCCGGACCACCCACCCCUUCCUUCCCCUUCGCCCGGCCCGGUGAGGUCCGAAGAGAUCAGAUCUCUCGAACGAAGUGAAGUGAUAGGAAGAUAAGACUGCUGGCGGGAGAUCUAUAUUCAUUACACCCGGCCCGGCGGGUAUGGAUCGAAGUAGGAAAUUCUCCAUCCGCCCGCCAGCAGCAGAGGGGGUUCGAUUCCCGUUAUACGCGAUGUGGCGAAAAAGACUGAUUCAACGAGAUACCUUGCCUGCAUUAAGAUUUAAAACUUGUCGUCCACUUCCAGGAAAUGUUCGGAACAGAGAACUGACAAUAAUACAACGCCGCAUUCUCCGAAGAUUGAGGAACAAGAAGAGAUCUAAAAAGAGAAAGAUUUAUCCGAGAGAAAAUCUAAACAGUUACAUCAAAUCACAAACUACACGAAAGUUGCCCCUUUUUCAUGGGGAUUUACCCAUCACAGAGAUGCACAGAGGAACAGAACGAACUUCAUAUAUCCCUUUUCCACUCAAUCCAGAAACAAGAUCGGACGUUAUUCCGGUUCGUCUCCAUUUUCGUGAAACUAUUCCUCAAGCAAGGCAGCCGAUAAGUCAUCGAAGGGUUUGUGUGAAUAAUGGAAUGGUAAGCAUUACUCAUUUGAAAGUGUCCCACGGUGAUCUAAUCUCUUUUCAAGAAAAUGACGCGAGAACCUGCGGUGAAGAAAUAAGGAGAUCUUUCUAUAUCGACAUAUCAGUUGAAAAAAUCAUAGGCAAAUUCCUGCCGGUCAGAAUGUGGAGAAGAACCAAAACAGAAUGGUUCCGCCUACUCAAAACUCAGAGGGGGUGCCGCCUACUACUCAAAUCCCGGUUUUUGCAACAGUUGCGUUCUUCUAUGCAAGAAGAAGACUUAGAAAGAACAAAGAAGUUUGGAUCCGCAAAAGUAUGCUUAGGCAGUUCCUUCGCGGAGCACAACAGAAUGAAGAGGAAUUUGUAUCAUUUCAAAUUCAUAUUCUUAUCGAAGAGAAGGAACGAGAAAAACCGAAAUCUUCCUACUCGAACAAGAAGUCCUUUAGUUAAAAACUCAUAUAUAUAUAGUAAUUCGACCUAUUGCUCCGGAUCCCCCCAUCAGUUUACUAGGAAGAGAAGAAUCAAAAGGAUCGAACUACCUACUCAUUAUUCGGAGGUGAAUCAUAGAACACCAAAAGCUGUGGUAUCUUAUGGACCUAACAUAGGUCACAUCCCUCACGACAUAAGAUUGAAAGAUCCAAACCUUCCUCUUCGGAGCGGAAACGGACGUGGCCAAAACAUAUAAGAAAAGAUCGGCGUAGUCGCUCAUAGGGACAUAUCUAUCCGGAAAGAGGAUAGUCUAGAUCGAUUCAUAGAUAGAUCUCUCUCCAUAUAGAUAGGUAUCUCCGUGGAUAGAGAUAAAGAUAGGGAUCCAUCUAGAUCUUGAGAAAUU